AUUUCCGUGUUUUUCCCGGCUCGAGUCUGCGCAGUAGAGGCGGAUCAGAACAGGAAUGACCUGUCGUUCCACUGACAUGUAGAGCAAUUUUGCAUCUUUGUUACAUUUUUCUCGCAGGUAAUGUGUUCAGUCUUUUAGUGUACACCGUAUUUCUUACAUUUGGUACCAGCUCUUGUUUGUUGGUAGCCGUUAGCCACAUUUACACGUUCAUUUGUUGCUUUUGCCGAUAGCAUUUCCGCAUAGAAACCAUGGCUGGUCCUCAAGAAGACCAGAAAUUCUGCUUACAGGAGGUGCUCGAUACUUUCAAGUUGUGCUUGUCGGAGAAAAAAGACAUCUAUCUUGAACACUACGUCGCUGGGUGGCGUGGUCUUGUAAAGUUCCUGAACUGCUUGGGCAGUGUGUUUGGCUUCAUUUCCAAGGAUGCUGUCAACAAGAUCAACAUCCUGGUCACUCUCCUGCACGGGGAGAACGGCUCUCAGUAUGUCACCGUCCAGUCAAUGGUCAAAUACGAGCUGGACAACGACCUGGUGGACCUGACCAAGAGAGGCAGUCACCCAGAGUCAGGCUGCCGGACCUUGCUGAGGCUUCACCGGGCACUGAGGUGGCUGGAGCUCUUCCUGGAGCGCCUGCGCACCAGCGGCGAGGACAGCAAGACGUCCGUCAUGUGCUCCGAGGCCUACAAUGAGUCUCUUUCCCAGCACCACCCUUGGGUGGUGCGCAAAGCUGCCGGCAUGGCCUUCUGCGUGCUCCCAGGGCGCCCUGCUUUCUUAGAGGUGAUGAAUGUGGGCCCCCCCGAGCGGGUGGUGGCCAUGCUAGGGGAAGCUGUGCCUCUCAUCUCUGAGGUGUACCAGAUCACAGAGGAACUCUACGCUCAACAAAACCUGCUCGACCUACCAUAGAGAGACAAAACUGCAAUCAUAUGCCACUUCACACGAUUAAAUAUGAUAUAUAUAUAUAUAUAUAAGUGCUGUUAAUUAUUAUAUAUGUGUGUAUAAUGGACUUUGAUUAAAUUCAACUUUCUCAAGAUGUAUUCGAUUAUAAUUUAAGUAGAUGAAGGGGAACAGUUGGGCCCAGAAGUCUUUGCUCCAUCAGUAGCUGUAUGAAUUAUUUAUUUACUAAAAAGCAAAAUGAAAUGAAUCUGAAACUAUUUUGACAAUCAUUCAAGAAAUUAUCUCAAGCAGAAACACUAAAUAUUUGAUGGUUUCAGGUUCUAGAAUGUGCUGCUCUUCUUGGUCUUACGUCAUAAUAAAUAGAAUAUUUUUUGUUUUUUUGACAGAUUUGGAUAAGAAAAUUGAUCAUGAAAACAAUUAGAACUGAUACCAAUCAUGAUGUUAUGCUCUAGAGAAAUGCCUGUAUGAAAUAAUAGUGCAACAAUAGGGCCAUUGGGUCAAGUUUUUGAUGUUCUCAUAUCAUAUUGCACUCAAAUAUUGACAGGUGUAUCUAAUACUAGAUUAUCUGAUAUUGGAUGACACCAGAUAUUGCAUAAAUUACUAUAGACUUGUAAAAAACAUACAGAAAAUAUAGAUAGAAGACCAGCAGCAGCCACAUGCCGACAUUCAUCUGAAAGAUUCAAAUCAAAACUAACAUUAUGAGACAGAUGGGGGUGGAACAAUGUGGAUACUUAAAUU